AUGGCCCCUUCACCCGCCAAUGACCCCGACCGCGUCGCCAGGAUCAUGCUGUCGUGGCACUCGCUCGACCUCGUCUCGUGCAGCACCUUACAGACCCUGUGGGCAGGUUAUGGACAAAUUUGUGCCAUCACUGCCCGAGCUACCACCGAUACAGCGGCGAAGCAUCUCAGCAAGCUUUGCGGGGUGGAAUCUGGAGUCGUCGGGACCACUUAUCCCCUCAUCCUGAAGCUCAUCUCGCCCCCAAGGAGGAGCACUGGCAAUGAGGAUGAGGGCCAUCUGCGAAAGAUGCUGAGUUACGAAGUAGAGCAGCACUUUUACCGAGAUGUGGUCCCGCUGUUGGGCGACGGGAUUGCCGUUGCUAAAUGCCUUGCCUCGACACGAGGCAUGGACGGCAAGGAGGGCGAGGAGGAUCUUGCAGGUCUGAUGGCCACCAUCAUGGUCGACCUACGUCCAAAAUAUCCAGUCGCGGGUGAAAAGAGGAGUGUACUAAGCCGCACACAAGUGCAUGGGGCGCUAAACUGGCUGGCCGGUUUCCACGGCCGCUCAUGGGGCCUGCUGCCAAAAAGCCUUGACGAAUAUGUCUUGCCACCCCUUGAAGAAUCCAGUAGACGGCAUAGCACAGGCAAGGAUAAUGGGAGCGGACUAUGGCUCAACGGAGGUUACACGUACCUUGCGACACGACAGGAAGAGUACGCUUCUCUAGCUCAAGACACCGAUUCAGAGUGGUCAGAAACCAUGUGCAGGGCUUCGGAAGGCUCCUUACUGUCCAUUGCCGAGAUGGCUGCGUUGUUCUUGACUCCCUGCGGAAGGCGGAUUGAAUCGUAUAUUCAUGGCGAUGUCAAGUCGGAGAAUCUCUUCACGACAACUAAUGGAGACGAGGUGGCGUUCUUUGAUUUUCAGUACGUCGGGCUAGGCCUGGGAGUCUGUGACCUCGCCAAGCUGUUUACAUGCUCGGUCCCUCUGCAUAUGCUUGUUGGUAACAAUGAGCCUUUACCUGAGCAGUUGACGAUGCGUGACGCUGAGAAGCGACUGCUAGAGCGAUACCGCACGAGUCUUCUCCGGGAUAAAGAAGACCUGUACGAGUGGGAGGCAUUUAAACGACACUGGGAAACUGCCCUGGUUGACUGGUGUAGAUUCCAGGCAUCCUGGGGGUUUUGGGGAAACACGGAGUGGCUUGAAGCCCGUGUCAGAUCGAUAUUGAGCGACCAGGGCUGGAGAGACUGGCUGCAUCAGAAUAUCAGCAGUCGGGACAGCAGCCGGUAA